AUGCUACGACCGAACUUCCGGGAUGCUGCCGGACAGACCGCACGUUUUGUACCACCCAUGCAGGCGGACAACCACCAGGCUGCCGCGACGAGCACGGGCACGCCAUUCAACCCCCAGGCCACGACUUCUGGGCUCAACAACCAUCCCUCGGAGCCUUUGACGCUGGACGGCAACUACCAGACGUGUGUCCGCAACGCGGGCUCGUUGGUUUCGACUGCGUCGCAGCGCGCACUACCAACCAGCCCGCAACCAUCCAUUGACCGCGACCGCGCUACCCCUGCUACGACUCCCCCUACCUCAGAUCCAGUCGCACGAAAAUCCAAAUCUGCACCUGAGCACGACGACCAGGUAGACGACGCUCCCACUUCGACUGGUUUCAGCACCGAGAGAGGCGUCCCCUUGGAGCCCGCGAACGCAGGUCUGUCACUCGUGCCUGCCACUUGCACGUCUUCCUCCACCCCAGACAACUCAGGCAGGUCAGUCUUCACGACGGCAACCUCGCCGCACGCCUUGGAGCCUGCCGCAACUACGGACAUCGUCGUGCCUGCUAUUCGCCCCCCAAUCGCGGAGGCAUCGCCGUCGACGGUGUCCGAAGAUGACUCUCAACCGGCCUUAACGCGCCGUACGUCUUGCAAGCAGCCACUAUCACCUACCUCAACGUCUCCCGCAGCUGAAGUUCCUGCCCGUGACAUGCUACGACCGAACUUCCGGGAUGCUGCCGGACAGACCGCACGUUUUGUACCACCCAUGCAGGCGGACAACCACCAGGCUGCCGCGACGAGCACGGGCACGCCAUUCAACCCCCAGGCCACGACUUCUGGGCUCAACAACCAUCCCUCGGAGCCUUUGACGCUGGACGGCAACUACCAGACGUGUGUCCGCAACGCGGGCUCGUUGGCUGUCCAGUCAGCCGGCUUGACGAUUGAACCAGAAAAAUGCCAGUUUGGGUUCGAGAAGCUUCGUUUCCUCGGUCAUGUAAUCAGUGCUCAAGGUGUUGGCCCGGACCCGGAGAAGACUGUGGCCGUGGGGCUGUUUUCCAAGGAGCUGGGCAUGUAA